UCCAAACUACCGUGCUUAAAUAAGAUCUUAUCUGCAGAGUAUUGGAGGGUGGCAUCAACUCUUGGGAAUCACAACAGACCGCCAUGUGCCUUUGACAAUAGUUGCCUUAGGUUCGCUGCUGGUUAGAAAUGAAACCUAAUCCUGGACUCGUAGCAUUACUUAAACGUGAUGUCCAUUUUAAAUCCUUAUUCUUGGAUUAGGCUAAAUGUGUGAUGCACUUUUAUACGGUUUCCUCGGGGAGUCUCAAGUCAUCGGCUUGACCGCUACAUGUUGUAGCGCUCUUUCGUCGUGUGCUUACAUUAGUUGGAAAUAAUGACAAAGGGAAGAUAUGACACUCGUGUUCACAAUAUUGCAGAUAUAUAAUGAUGCGGCGACGUUUGAUGAAAUUACACUCUAGUGCAGAACAAAGAAGAGAUAACUAGCCUGUGGGUAUUCCUACAAGUCGGCGCCGUUCGUGUCUUAACCAGCUGUCUCUCGUAACAUUGUUCAUUUGGUAGACGAAGCCAAAUGCAAGCGGUGCUCCGGAGAUGUGGGAGCCAGAGUUGGUUGAGUAGUGUGCUUAUUGUUUUAUUUAUCUCUCUCUCCCUCUCUCUCUCUCUCUAUAUAUAUAUUUUAAGCAUUGCCAUGGUAAGUCCUUGCAAGGCGCGUAGUGUGAAAUCAUCUUGGUUGCGGUUUUAUUUGUAACUAUUCUUGUGAAAGCGGAUUUUUGAUUUUGGGAAAUGUUCUGAUGUAUCCGACUCUUCGUCUAUGGGGCUUGCCACAAAAGCUGGAUGUAGUUAGACGGGCUUUCUUUAGACAACUCAAAGCAAAAGGAGGAGUGUGGUGUUUUAAGGUUUCGGCAAGACCACUAGAGACAGACCCAUGGCAAAGUGGUUGAAAGAUUACCUAAAUUUUGGCAGCAGGAAAGCACCUCCGCAGCCACCUAAGCCAGACUACACCGAGAGCGAGAUCCUCCGGGCGUACCGUGCCCAGAAAGAACGAGACUUUGAGGACCCGUACGAGACCUCAGAAAACCGAGUGCAGAACGGCUCGGGGACCACCGACCCGUUUCCUGCCUUUGGAACAGUUCUGCCCAACGGCAUGGAGGUCAAGAUUGUGUCUCCCAAACACAGGCUGAUAAAAGUGGAAUCUCAGGAAUUUGUCCGCUGCAAGAACCCACUAAGCAUUGUGUCCUUUGAAGAGCCGCAUACUCCGCUGGUUCCAUCUGCUCCAGCAGUAGGCGACGCGGAUUACUCCGACCCGUUUGAUGCGCGGCCGGACCCACGGGCCCGGCCGGGCUGGGAGCACGGCUCUGUGGAAAACAGCAGCAGCUACAUGGAGCCCUUUGAAGCGCAGAGAGUCAUUACUGAGCUGCAGCACAGCUUUGAGCAGACCCGCCCUGGCCUUCAGGGCAGCCCACAGUUGUACGACAGCCCCUAUGAUGAGAGGGGGCACCCUUGGGCCAAGCCCACCGACCACGAGAGAGAGAGCCGGCUGCCCCAGGACGAUGAGAGGCCCGCCGACGAAUACGACCAGCCCUGGGAGUGGAAGAAAGAGAACAUCUCGAGAGUUUUCGCAGUUCAGUUCGACGGCACUGAUCGAGACCACUCCACCCUGCCCCACGGUGAGAAGCAGAGGAGAGUCGGAGCUCCCAGGUCCAGCCCUCCAUCCAGCAAGGCCACCAGCCUGCAGAGGCAGAGUGAACCCCACACCGUCCUCGGGGAGAGGGUAGACCCAGCCAAGCCCCUCGAACAGCAAGUGUGGUACCACGGUGCCUUAAGCCGUUCGGAGGCCGAGACACUGCUGACACUAUGUAAAGAGUGCAGUUACCUGGUGAGGAACAGUCAGACCAGCAGAAACAACUACUCCCUCUCCCUCAGGAGUUGCCACGGCUUCAUGCACAUGAAGUUCUGCCUGACCAGCGAGGGGAGAUAUGUGCUGGGGGAGAACAGCCCCCCCUUCACCACCAUCCCAGCAGCCAUUCACUACUACACCACCCACAAGCUGCCCAUCCGUGGGGCGGAGCACCUCUCCCUACUCUUCCCUGUGGUGGUGCAAACACUCUGAGCGCACACACACACGCGCAGGCAGGCCUGGACUCCUGCUCACUUACUCACGCAUUCGCACAUGCAUACUCAGGGCCUGAUUUGAAACGGCUUGCAGUAGCGCUUUGUGUUUUAUCUGAAAUGUAGUUUUGGUGUGGAUUUGUGAUGAUGGCUAUUUGAUUGAACUGAAAAUCAGAACAUUCAAAAGUGCCAUUGAUGAUGCAAUUUCAAAUGUGAACCACUGCGAAUUUGGCUGUGGUUGGUGCUGCAGUUUUGAAGGCUUUUUUUGAGACAACACAAGUCCACCCUCUUGCAGAAUCUUUCACACUACAAGACUUGCACAGAACUGUUGUAGAGCGACGUUCUCAUAGUCCUCUCCCUUUACUUAUACCAACUAUUCCUCUGGACUCGUAGAGGAAUGCUGUCCUAGUGGGAUAAGCCUUCAUUACAGUGACACUGGUAGCAGCAGAAGUAUACAGGACCCAUUUUAGCUGUAGCUCCUCCAUCGUUAUGCUGUACCCUUGACACCUGUGCUGCGCUCAGAGAGCACCUGCCAAAAGCGGAAGAGGUGUCAAUAAUUGCAUAAGGACAACGAUUUUUUUUGCCGUUGAGGACAAAUAUGGCCAAAUGAAGUUGCUCCGUAAUAUGUGAAUACCUUUUUAAUAAAUCCCAGUUGUCCAGUGUAAGAUGUGGUGUUAAUGAGCUUGGCUGGCAUGUGCUGGGAUGCAGGAUGUUGUCCCCUGUGGUGGCAGAGGACGGUACCAGCUGUGCCCAAUCAGGUCAAGGAAGCGCCUCCUGCAAGGGGAGUUCCUGCAACCCCAAAGCGGAGCUUCCAGUCAGCCGGGUCUACUCUCUUCUCUCUGCUUUGUCCAGCUAACGCUGCACUCAGAGAGGGCUGACCACCACAUUGCCGACAACCAGUCAAAAAAAAAAAUAAAUCAUGGCAAACUUGCAAGCAGAAACUACUGAACACUUGAAUACACGUUAACACUUUCUCUGUCGUGACUGUAGCGUCUCCAUUUGCAUUAGCUGAUUUUAUUUUUUUUGGAAAUAGAAGCAAUAGACAGUUUUAAAUAAAUGUACAGAUGAUAUCCUUAUCACUGCAAGAAUUAUUCACACGCUUCAUAACUGACUCCAUUAGGCGGAACUCCGUUAGAUGAAACUAAAAAAGUAUAUUUGGUGCAGUGAGUCCUGAAUGAAGCAGCAAAGAGCAAAAUGGUCACUUCUUCGCUCUUUAUCCUGCAGACAAGAAGUCGUAACAAGUCAAUAUCUGCCACAGCAUGAUGAACUGAAGUAUGGUUUCAGGAAUGAUGUGCAUUAGCUGAUGAGUAUAAGAUGGAGUAACCUCUCCAGUGACCUGCUUCUGAUCUGGGCCUGCUGGACACUCCUGGAGGCAUAUGAGGAACCUUUUAAGGCGUUGGUCGACGGAGCUGUCUGCUGUAUUUUAGUCACAGGCAGGAUCGCUAAAGUGGCUCUAGAACUCACACUCACAGUGGCACGGUAAUUCUGUCAUGGCACAUAGUAGUAGUAAUACACCAGGUCCUAUUCUGUUGCAGAGUGUAAUGGAGAAUUACACUGUAGUUGACUCAGUUAUGCUGACUAAUUUUACUGACACUAAUGUUUUUAAGCUCUCAUUUCUUUUGAAUAAAGUAUGCUGUUUUUAAUAGUAAAGCCUGCAUUAUAUUCAUCAUAUUCUUGUGUUCUACACGUUGGGUGGAUGAAUACUGGAUUGAAUGUGACACGUUUGUGCUCUGACGAAAUGAAGCAGGGAGCAUAACUCGCUCACUUUCUCUCUCACGCUGUUCUUGCAGUGUAUUCACUCCGCCUCUCUCCCGCAUGUUGGCUCUCCGCAUAAAGCGGAAUGGAAGAUGAUUCCUUCAAGCCUUCACACAAUACAGACAGAAAAAUAGGUCAUGGCUCCCAUGUGGGGCUUGGUCUAUAUGUGCAGCAAUGUUUGUACGUCAGGGGUAAUGGGUGGGUGUGUGUCUGAAAAAGGGAGAAGUGUAUUAACCUUUCUUUUGCAGAGAUAUGCUGGCUUUCGUUUUGUAGUAUUUCUGCAGAAAGUCACUUUGACUUCUUAAACUGCUUAGUAUUAGGUUAAAGAGGGAAACUCAUUUUUUGUUCAUUUUUAGUGCUUUGGCCUGAUAUGUAAAGACAAACUUUUAAAGGUGCUAUUUGCAUUGCUGUAUAGUGUAUACACACCAUAUUUGCAGUGCUGUGUGGUUUUUACUUAAUUUGUGUUUUCCAACUGACAACUAGCUACAUUCUGUUCAAAUGCUCAUAUAUAUUACUGAAGAAUUUGCAUCCUUCUGUCACCCAACAGUGAAUGUGUCCUACUUUUCAUGAUCUGGAUUGCAGGCCUUUGCAUCUGCGUUCAGAUAAUACAGCAGCUAAACCCAACAUCACAGAGCCUCGUGUUUGCUCUGUGUGGCUGUUUGUGCAGCAGGAUGCUAAAGUGUGGGAGUAGAUGUGCAUUCACGUGGGUGUGAGCUUUUGCCAGCUUGCCUCCUGAGAGCAGGUGUGAGAUGCAGAGGUCACUGAAGCAGAAAGAACAGAGACAUUUCAUCAGUGACGGGUCAGAGGAAGGUCCAAAAUAACCAUGGGAGCGGCUGCGAGCGCCAUGGCAACAGCAGCAUUCUAACAGGACACCCCUGUCAUACCCCAUCUUCUCAUCCACUUGAAUCCUACAGGUUUUAGAGAAUAAGAUGCAGUGUCUUAAUACAAUACUUCUAGGUAGAAACCAGUCAGUUGUGUUCAUAUCAUGCUUGGUAAAUAUGCUAUGAAGGACCAAAAGUCUGAAAUAUAAAACUUGAUAUUUGACUUGAGGGCUAGAGUGCAAGUCUAUUCUUGUCACAUGACACCACUCCUAUAAUGGAAUCAAUGUUCACUGUGUUCAUGGUUCAUCCUUACAUUUACUCCUGAUGGUUUUUUCUCCAGUGUAUGCAGGACCAAGUUAAAUAAACAGGAACAUAUUAAA